GUCUUUCUCGUGUAAACUCCAAAACAAUUGUUGUCCAUAGUUUCUAAUAAUCAUUAUUCAAUUGAAGUCAUAUAAAUUGGAUGAAACAUUGUCAUAGUGAAUCACUGCUGUAGUAAUUUCUUCAGUCAUAAAAUAGAAUCUUCAAGAAAAAUAUCUAAAAUUGUGUGAAAAAUUGAUUUCACAGUGCCGAGUCGACAAUUUUGAUAUUCACGCAUUGUCAACGUUUUUUUAAUCAAUAAUUAUGAGUUUGUGGGUGGAUAAACAUCGUCCUACGAGUCUCUCAAAACUUGAUUAUCACACGGAACAAGCAGAGCAUCUAAAAAACAUGGUUCAAAAGGGUGACUUUCCGCAUCUGCUGGUUCAUGGGCCUCCAGGUGCUGGAAAAAAAACGCGGAUAAUGGCGAUAAUUCGAGAAUUGUAUGGAAGUGGAGUGGAAAGACUUCGUAUGGAACCGAUGCAGUUUGAGACGCCGUCGAAGAAGAAAUUGGAGAUCAUGACGAUCAGUUCUAACUACCACAUUGAAGUAAAUCCUAGUGAUGUUGGAAUUUAUGAUAGGGUUGUUAUCAUGGAUCUCGUUAAAACAACAGCUCAGACACAUCAAAUUGAUAUUAACGGUCAACGUGAAUUCAAAGUUGUUCUACUGACAAAUGUCGAUCAACUGACUAAAGAUGCACAGCACGCCCUUCGCAGAACAAUGGAGAAGUACGUCUCUACCUGCAGAUUAAUUCUCUGCGCAAAUUCCACGUCGAGAGUUCUUCCAGCUAUCAGAUCUCGUUGUCUAGCAAUUCGAGUUCCAGCCCCAACAAUUCCAGAGAUAAAAUCGAUACUCCAGUUGGUUGCGAAGAAGGAAGGACUGAAUUUGCCUGAUGGAUUGGCGGAAAAUGUUGCCAAAGCCAGUGAGAGAAACCUCAGGAGGGCCCUGCUCAUGUUAGAGGCGUGUAAAGUUGAGCAAUAUCCCUUUACCAAUGAUCAGAAGAUAACAGAACCAGAUUGGAAGGUAUUCCUCUGCAAAACAGCGACAAUGAUGGUGACAGAGCAAACCCCCAGAAAACUGCUAGACAUUCGAGGGAGACUUUACGAAUUGCUGACCCAUGCAAUUCCGUGUGAUUUAAUAUUCAAAGGAUUAUUGCAAGAGUGUAUUAAAAAUUGUGAUCUACCGUUGAAAUCAGAAAUCGUUGCAGCCGCUGCUGAGUUCGAGCACAGAAUGCAUCAUGGCUCCAAACCUAUUUUCCAUCUUGAGGCUUUUGUUGCUCGAUUCAUGGCGGUUUACAAAAAAUUCAUGGAUGCUAGUAUGAAUGACUUCUGAUCAACAAAAUGUUAAGUUUUCAUCUGUAAUUUAUACUAUUUUUUUAUAUUUCA